AUGCAAACCCCGGUGAGAGCAGUCCAGUUCCGGCUGGUCAAUGGCAGCAGCCCCUGUGAGGGCCGUGUGGAGCUCCAGGUGCAGGGGACCUGGGCACCCCUCUGUGCAGCCCACUGGAGCCUAACAGACGCCACCGUCCUUUGCCAUCAGCUCAACUGUGGAAAUGCAGUGGCCACACCAGGAGGAGGCCAUUUUGGAGAUGGAGACGCUCCCAUCUGGCCAGAUGUGUUUCACUGUCUCCCUGGAGCCCUUAGGCUGAAGGAUGGACAGAGUCGCUGUGAUGGUCGUGUGGAGGUCUCUCUGGAUGGAGUGUGGGGCCGCGUCCUAGAUGAUGCCUGGGACCUGCGUGGUGCCAGCGUCGUGUGCAGGCAGCUUGGGUGUGGAGAGGCCCAGCGAGCCUAUGACACAACUGCCUCUGACCGUGCAGCUGUCCCAGUGGGGCUGAGCCAGGUGCGCUGUGAGGGCUCAGAGACCCGCCUGACCCAGUGCAACGUGUCAGUGUCCCGGCUAGUGCCCGUGGGGUCCUUGCGGGAUGUGGGUGUCGUGUGUUCUGGUGACCUUCAGGUGCGGCUGGCUGGGGGCCCUGGCCGCUGUGCAGGGCGUGUAGAGGUGCUACAGGGAGGCUCCUGGGGCACCGUGUGUGAUGACGCCUGGGACCUGAAGGAUGCCCAUGUAGUCUGUGGUCAACUGGACUGUGGCCAUACCCUUAGUGCCCCUGGGGGUUCCUACUUUGGAUCAGGAUCUGGGCCCAUCUGGAUGGAUGAGCUGGGUUGCCUGGGCAAUGAGUCUGCACUGUGGCAUUGCCCAAGGCCAGCUUGGGGUCAACAUGACUGUGGGCACAAAGAGGAUGCUGUAGGUACCUUCUGCUCAGAGUUCACGGAUCUCAGGCUGCAGAAGUAUGGACAGCCAUGCGCAGGGCGGCUGGAAGUUUUCUACCAUGGAAGUUGGGGGGGAAUCUGCCAUCUCCUGAGCACAGCCUCCCUGGGGAUCCUGUGUGGGCAGUUGGGCUGUGGGCCCCAAGGGCAGCUACUGGGCAGGCCAGAAAGCUGGCCUUCCCUUGGGGUUUUCUGGCUGACUUCCAUUCAGUGCAGGCCUAGGCACGACAGGUCCCUGUGGCAGUGCCCCUCAUCUGCCUGGGACCUGCAUUCCUGCUCCAGCAGUGAGGAGGCCUGGGUCUUGUGUGCAGAAAACAAGCCAGAAAUUCCUGAGGAUUCUGAGCAGACCCUUAACUGCUCAUCCACGCUCAGUUGCCCAGAGGAGGGUGCACUGCGCCUGUGAGGUGAUGAUGACUGCUCGGGGCGUGUGGAGCUUUGGCACGUAGGCUCCUGGGGCACCGUGUGUGAGGACUCCUGGGACCUUGCAGAUGCAGAGGUCGUGUGUCGCCAGCUGGGCUGUGGUCAGGCCGCGGAUGCCAUGCGGAGAGCCGCCUUUGAUCCUGGGUCAGGGCCUGUGUGGCUGGAUGAGGUGGGGCGCAGUGGAAGCGAGGCUUUCCUGUUGGGCUGCCCUGCAGAGCCACUGGGAUAUGGAGACUGUAAACACAAGGAAGAUGCAGGGAUGCUCUGCUCCUUGGUGUGAGUCAGGGCGGGGAGGAAAUGCAGGGACAGUGUCUGUAUGUGUCUGUCACUUUCUGUGGAACCAGGUCCUCAAGUACUGGGCCUUCAUGCAUAAGGUCCCAUUUGCUGCUUUAAGCAUAGGCUUAUUUCCUCCAUCUUUUUGGACUCUUGCCAUGUGUGGUGGGACACUGCUGCUAGGUGUGGGCAGGUCCAUGCUGUAGUGUGCUGCCUUUCCUCUUCAUCUGGGUGUUCAAGACUGCAUUUUUCCUGCUUGUGUCUCGGGCACCUCAUGUCACAUGUCACACUCACCAUCUUCCUGUCUGUCAGUGGCCUGAGGGGCCGCACAGUUCCUCAGAUUGCACUGGUCAUGGAAUGGCUGUACCACAUGCCACUCAGCCUGUCUCCAGGAGUUCCAUACCCAUGGUGAUGUACACCCAGUUGAUGCCAACUGCUCUCUCUGUCCAUCUGAGUGGGGAAUCCAGUGUGGGAAUGAGGUCCUAGGUUGAGAGCAUCCAUAUCUCAGGAGAUUUCCUUCUAUGACUAUGAGGUUUGGCUCUAGUGCACUGUGGCCUCUUGAACAUUGUGGCAUUUUUCCAAGGGAGAACUGAGGACAGGGGUAGUCAGGGCCAUCAGAGGUUUCCCUUGGCACACACUGUGACAUCUACCUAUGUCCUCCUCACUUAACACUACCAGGAGUAAGAGAACUGCUUAGAAUCUCCACCUGGACCUUCUACUUGGUCCCACCCACCAGAGUUCUGCACUUGUGCUGCUGUUCCUUGUAAAGUUGAGCCCUAUCUGGGAAAGCACCAGCUUUUCUCGGUAGCAAUGAAACCCAGGUGUUCUGAGUGCUGCACCUUCUUCCUCAAAGUUUGAAGGUAUCUAAGCCCAGGUUCAUAGUCCCCAAGGCACAUAGGAAGCCCUGCCUUUGUGUUUGUCAUAGUAACCCCCUUCUUGGCCCCUGGACCUGUUGCUGAGGCCUGGAUCCUGCUGGAGAUUGCCUGCCUGGUUCUUGGCUGUCUAUUGGGUCUCAUCUUCCUGUUCCUGUGUGUUCAGCGGAGCUGUCCCAGAGCUGCCUACCUGGGUCCUGGGAUGUCACAGCGACUGCCUUCAGUGGUGUCUAUGAGGACAAUGAAGUUCUUUCUGUGGAGGAUAAAGAGCAGAGACCCUCAGUGUCAGGGAACCUGGUGCUGGAGGAGUAUUGUGAUGAUGCUGAAGAACCUGGGGAACACUGUGGGGAGGAGACAGGUGUGGUGGAGGAGUCGGGUCUGUAGGAAGGGGCUGAAGCUGGAAAUUGGUUACAUGUGUGGGGGCAAGACAGGGCUAAGUGCCAAAAUCAAUCAAGCUACCUCCAUCCUGAGAAGAUUUUCUUCCUGCCUGAGACAAUUGCAGUCAGUGUUAAAUAGGCAUCCUUGUGUCCAUGAUUCUAACUUUGUCAAAAGUAUAAAUAAAGCCCCUACCUUUGUUUUGGAGUUUCUCUUCUCCCAUUUAGA